AUGGCAUCUACUCUGCCCCGCCUGCCCAUCUUCGAGGCCAUCAAAAAGCACAAUGGCCAGUCUACAGCAGUUGUACACUCACUAUCUGGGCGCUCCUUUACCUACGGAGAGCUCGUCAACGACGUCGCGGCAGCAAAGGACAAGCUGCAGCGGAAUUGCAACGGCGCAAGUGCAGAGGGCCAGCGCAUCUCCUUCCUCGUAGAAAACGGCUACGACUAUGUAGUGACGCUCCUCUCCAUUCUCGCCGCACACGCCAUUGCCGUACCGCUGUCGCCCGCUUUCCCCGCCCACGAGUUGCGCUACAUCAUCGACCAGAGCGAGUCCUUGAUGCUGCUUUCUUCUGAGAAGUUUCAGAGCCAGGCUGACGAGGUGCUCAAGGAAGGCAUAGCCACCAAACCCAUCAACUACAAGCAGGACAAGAUUAUGAUGGGCAAGACGGAUGACUAUGUCACUCUUGAGGAGCCCCGCAGCAAUCAGGGAGGCAUGAUGCUCUACACCUCCGGCACCACGAACCGACCCAAGGGCGUGCUGCUUCCUCAGGAUGUGCUAACAGCUCAGUCGCAGUCCCUUUUAGAGGCAUGGAAUUACAGCAGCGAUGAUGUGUUGCUCCACGUCCUUCCCCUCCACCACAUUCACGGCACCGUCAACGCAUUGCUUACGCCUCUCUUUGCCGGCAGCACCAUUGAGUUCCAGUUUCCCUUCAACGCCUCAGCUGCUUGGGAGCGCCUUGCAGCUCCGUUCCUGCCAAACCCCGACCCGGUCAAGAAGCCGAUUACUUUCCUCACUGUCGUUCCAACCAUAUAUACGCGCCUGCUCGCCUCUCAUGCUAGCCUUUCGCCUGAGCUCCAGGCUGCGACCAAGACCGCUCUUCACCCCUCGAAUAUGCGCCUCAACAUAUCGGGUUCCGCUGCCCUCCCCACACCUGUCAAGUCGGCAUGGACAGAGCUUAGCGGAGGCAACGUGCUGCUGGAGCGAUAUGGUAUGACCGAGGUUGGCAUGGCCCUCUCUUGCGGUCUCGACUUUGCGGACCGUGUGGAUGGUUCGGUCGGCUGGCCGCUUCCUUCGGUGCAAGCGCGUCUCGUCGAUACUGAAACUGGACAGGUUAUAGAAGUGGGUGACGAGAUUGAUCCUACGACGGGCCGUGAGCGACAAGGCGAGAUUCAGUUACGUGGACCAACUAUCUUCAGGGAGUAUUGGAAGAACCAAGAGGCCACGUCUAAGGAGUUCACCGAGGAUGCUGAUGGACAAGGCAAAUGGUUCAAGACUGGUGAUGUCGCAGUCCGGAAGGCCGUCGAGGGAGCGGGCAAGAGCAGCCAGCCAUGGGCGAAGGGUCCUCUGUACUUCAUCCACGGUCGCAAGUCAGCUGAUAUUAUCAAGACUGGCGGAGAAAAGGUUUCCGCUCUUGAAAUUGAACGGGAGAUGCUUUCCCUCCCACAGGUUGAUGAAGUCGCUGUCGUCGGUCUACCUUCAGAAGCCUGGGGUCAGAAGGUCGCUGCCGUAGUUGUGCUUUCAGAACAGGGUAAAACUGCUGGCAAGGGAGGCAAGCCCUGGUCAGCGCUUGACAUGAGGAGGGCGUUGAAGGAAAUACUUGUCAACUACAAGAUUCCUCAGGAGAUGAAGGUCGUAGAUACUAUUCCGAGGAACGCCAUGGGCAAGAUCAACAAGAAGCAGCUGGUUAAGCAGAUCUGGGGCGAAGUCGCUUGA